CAUGGCUUCGCUGGGAAGGCAGGUUCCUGAAUGGCAUCGUCUAAUGGCCCUUUCCUGGGCCUGUUUGGCUAGGCAGACCUGUCAUUUCAGAAAAGAGAAAAAGAUGAGUCCUUCUUUGUUUUGUAAACUGACUACAGUACCCAGUAGAGGGAACUUUCAAGAGUUUUCCAGCGUUAGACCCAAAAAGUACAUGCAGGAACCAGAACACAGGACACGUCUUGUUCCGUGUCUUCAUGAGGAACAGAGGACAUGUAUGGGUUCUGAGUCCUUGGAGCUUGAAAGGGCCAUCAGUUCCCUCCAGGACAUGGGUUUUGCUGAAGCCCAUAUUGACAGCUUGCUCAAUAUACAACCAAGUGUCCAUCCUCAACAGUUGCUGGACAUAAUUUCAGAACUUCUACUCUUGGGGUUGAACCCAGAGCCUGUAUUUAUGGCCUUGAAGAAAAAUCCCCAGUUGCUGAAACUGUCUGCCACGCAAAUGAAGAGGCGUUCCAGUUACCUUCGGAAGCUCGGCCUUGGAGAAGGGAAACUGAAGCGGGUGCUUUCUGUUUGCCCUAAGGUUUUCACCAUGCGUCAGCAGGACAUUGAUAAUAUUGUAAAAGUCCUCAAGGAGAAGUGCUUGUUCACAGUACAGCACAUCACUGACAUUCUGCACAGAUGCCCAGCUGUUUUGCAGGAGGACCCCAGUGAGCUAGAAUACAAAUUCCAGUAUGCAUAUUUCAGGAUGGGACUGACACAUCUAGACAUCGUCAGGACCGAUUUCCUACAGUAUUCAAUAGCCAAGGUCAAGCAGAGACACAUUUACUUGGAGCGCCUUGGACGGUACCAAACCCCUGAUAAGAAGGGGCAGACACAGAUCCCUAAUCCCUCACUGAAGAACAUUCUCAGAGUUUCUGAAGCUGAGUUUUUGGCCAGGACAGCCUGUUCCUCUGCUGAGGAGUUUGAAGUUUUUAAAAAGCUCUUGGAUCAAGAGGAGGAGGAGUCUGAGAGCCAUAUGUCUGAGGAGGAGGAGGAGGAAGAGGAAGAAGAGGAGGAGGAGCUGCCGUGACAGAGCACUGGGAUGUCAGAGGUCAUUCUCAUGUUCCUGAAGCACUGGGGAGCUUCACCUGGAUCUUCUCAAGCACUUUUGAUCCCAACACUGUUUGAUAAAGGAAAAAACAAAAAAACAAAACAAAACAAAAAAAACCCCAGCCAACCUGCAGUGAUCUACUGGAGAUUCAGGUAAAUCCACCAAAGCAAAUGAGGGGCUUUUUGAGUUCUGUGGGGGGCCCUACUCCAUCCUAAAUAAAGGACUCAGCUGUCAAAA